ACGACAACAUGGCUGCCUCCUUGCGUCUGGGUCGUCAAGGGAUUUUAUUUGGCCUUAAAUUAUCUCAUUUUAAUAAAUGUUUGUGGGCCACACAGCCAUGGCAGGAGCAUGUCAGACACUUUUUCCAGUCACCAUGGUUCCUCGGUGUCAGUGCACUCAAAGUGCAAAUGCCUGCUCUUUCCCCCACCAUGGAGGAGGGAAGCAUAGUCAAAUGGCUGAAGAAGGAAGGGGAAGCAGUGGCAGCAGGUGAUGCCCUUUGUGAGAUUGAGACUGACAAGGCUGUUGUUACCAUGGAAUCUAACGACGACGGUAUCAUGGCAAAGAUAUUGAUGGAGGAGGGCAGUCGCAAUGUGCGCCUGGGCACUCUCAUUGCCCUCAUGGUGGAGGAAGGGCAGGACUGGAAGCAGGUUGAGAUCCCCCCUCCAGAGGCUGCAGCCCCAUCUGCAGCUCCACCUGCUCCACCUGCAGCCGCUGCCCCAGUGGUGCCCCCUGCUGUUCCCACUCCACCUUCUCCAGCGAAACCAGCCACGUCGGGACCGCUACGUCUGAGUCCAGCAGCAAGGCAUAUCCUGGACACCCAUGGUAUAGACCCAAAAUUGGCCACACCUACUGGACCAAGAGGACUUAUCACCAAGGAAGAUGCAUUGAAUCUCUUGAAGAUGUCUCCUGCUCCCAAAGCAACCCCAGCCAUGGCUGCCUCGGCUGCCCCGAGUCCUGUUCCCUCCCCGGCGACUCCCCCUCCACCCGCAGGCAGCAGACCCAACAUACCCCCUCUGUCUGUACCAGGGAAACCAGGAGCACCGGGCACUUUCACAGAGAUCCCAGCCUCAAACGUCCGCCGUGUGAUUGCUCAAAGACUAACGCAGUCGAAGACCACCAUCCCCCAUGCGUACGCCUCGGUCGACUGUGACAUGGCUGCUGUCAUGAACCUCCGCAAAGACUUGGCCAAAGAACAAAUCAAAGUGUCUGUAAAUGAUUUCAUUAUCAAGGCGGCAGCUGUUACACUUAAAGAGAUGCCAGAAGUGAAUGUCACCUGGUCCGGUGAUGGACCCCGUGCACUUGAUUCAAUCCACAUUUCAAUCGCAGUGGCAACCGACAAGGGCCUCAUUACCCCCAUCAUCAAGGAUGCUGCAAACAAAGGGGUCCAAGAGAUCUCAGCCAAUGCUAAGGCACUGGCCCAGAAGGCUCGAGAUGGGAAACUUCUUCCUGAGGAGUACCAGGGAGGCUCAUUCAGUAUUUCUAACCUGGGGAUGUUCGGUAUCAGUGGCUUCAGCGCCGUGAUCAACCCUCCCCAGGCGUGCAUCCUUGCCGUCGGGACCUCCAGGGCCGAGCUGCGACUGUGCGAGGAUGACCAGACCCUGCGCACCCAGCAGCUGAUGACAGUCACACUGUCCAGUGACGGACGAGUGGUGGAUGACGAAUUAGCCUCGCGGUUUCUAGACAAAUUCCGUGCCAACCUAGAACAACCGCAGCGCAUGGCCCUAGCCUGAAAAAGCAAAGUCAGAUAGCUGUGUGAAAGUGAUUAAAAAGAGAAAUCAAGAAACACCUGCAUGACAAAGCCUGCUUUCACAAGCAGAGAGCUCUUAAAAUGUUGAUUCCCAUUCGUGCUUGGAUUAAGGCUUACGAAGUAGGCUUGUACAUAGUAUAAACUUCUAUUUGUGGCUUGCCGCUGAUAGAUAAUUGCCAGGCUUUGUGAUGGAGGAGUUAAAAUGGGCUUCUGCUAGAGUGGUCAAGGAUCCUAGCAGCAUUGCCAAAUAUUACCAAGACAGGCGUAGCAUCCCACACACUGUAAUAGAGGUAGUGGUUCAAUCAGACCACUGUUGUGUAUAUAUAUAAAGUGGUUAUUCUAGUUCUGUUUUUCGAUCCCAGUGCAUCCUCUCUGUCACUGUUAAUACACAUGCAAAUUAUGCUGUAAAACCCCCCCAUGUUCAUUUGUCAAAGAUAUUUAUUACAGAGCAUCAGUGGCAACGCUGUUCCUAAUAAGAUAAACCACUUCCUGUUGUUGCAAAGUUCAAACAGAAUUCAACAACUGAACUAAUUGUUCAUGUUAAUAUGUUUUAACUUAUUUGAAACAGAUGUCGUGACAUGCCUAAAACUAAUCUCGUAAGUCAACGUGUAUAAAAAAUACACACAAUCGUUUAGUUUUUGGUGUCUGUAGAUGCCAAUAAAACACACUGUUCAACC